CUUCAUAAGAAGUAUUCUUAUUCAUCAAUUUAUAACUGAAGUUAAUGAGACUGAAAUGAAUUCAUCGAAGUGCGUUAAUUGGUUUUUGCAAUCAACUUCCAACGUUAAUACAGGAAGUAUUGCUGACAAUGCUGGACUUAAAGCUGGCGAUGCCGUGGUACGCAUUAACUCGCAAGAUUUAUACAACUUACGUCACAAAGACGCUCAAGAUGCCAUCGUUCGAGCUGGACCAUCAUUUGAAAUGAUCAUUCAAAGAGGUGGCGCGACAUGGAAGCCUUCAGUGACACCACUCAGUUCUGCAGCACCAUCACCACUUCCUGGAAGUUAUGCGCCUCUGACAAAGACUUCUCUUGCUGCCAACAAACAACCAUCAAGCAAUUUCGGCAGUGGACACAACUCUGCAGCAAAACCAUUUAACCAGCAGAUUCCAGCAUCACCCGGUCGUGUUAUUGCUAACAAGCAAUACAACACUCCAGUUGCCAUGUAUAGUGAUGAAAUCAUUGCUGAAACCUUAUCAAGUCAAGCGGAAGUGUUAGCCGGUGGCGUUUUGGGAGUCAACUUUAAGAAAAAUGAAAAAGUUUACAAUCCUGAAAAGUCGGAAGUGCUGAAAGCACUCCAAGAAAAUGACUUCGAACCGGAACCAGGUAAUGAAGGUGGUGAAAGAAACGAAGUCAUGGCAAAUAAUGAGAUUGGAGAAUUGCAGAAGGAAGGCAGAGCAACAUCUCCAACUGUUCGCAGUGCGAAUGGUUAUACGAGUGAAAGGGUUAAACGUCAUUGUCUCAAGAAUGCUCAUUUAUUUAUUAUUCUGUCAUUAACAUUCAUAGUCAUCUUAAUGAAGAGAAUUUCAUGCAACUCACUGUCAGUCAGCACUUUGACAUUGGAGAUUUUAAUUUCUUAUUUACAACUUGGAUCUAAAUUUUACUGGCAACAAAGUCAUGCUAUUGGAGGCAGUGCAACUUCAGCACAUUCACCUCGACCUUUAACUCCAAAUUAUCAAAACAUGGGAAACUAUGAUGAUCGUGUCGGUACGACAUUGCAAGAGAAUAAGCUCGCACCAACAGCAUCGCAUAGACCAUCUUUACCAGUUCAUGAAGCUUCUAAAAUGUCUUUUCAAGAUGGUGUGUUUGUGAGAAUUAAGGACAAGAAUCUUCAUGCUGAAUGCUUCAAGUGCGCAACAUGUGGUACGUCACUGAAGAAUCGAGGUUACUUCAAUGUUCACAAUAAAUUAUAUUGUGACAUUCAUGCACGAAUGGUUGCUUUGAAUAGUCCACCACCAAAUUCAAAUGGAUUGGCACCUGUCACUUUCGAACCGAAGAACGUUGGUGCUAGUGCAAUCUCAUCUGCAUUGAACGCUCAUGCUGGAAACUUAAAUGGCAAUGCUCCAUCGAACUUUUCAGCACCAAAGCCAUUCUCUUACGCUCCCGUGACUCCAAGUUUCGGUGGUCCACCUCUUGCCGCACCUAAAAGCCCAUCGGCAUAUACACCAACACCAGCAUGGUCUCCACCAUCUGCCGUGGCUCCAGCUGCUCCGAAACCAGCCGGCCCCGUUCAAGAAUUUAUUGACAAUGAAAAAUAUAACAAUAACUCUUACGAUUACGAGGAAACUAAAAGGCCUGUAGAGAAAAAGGUAGAAAUUUAUGUUGCGAGUGAUUCAGAAGAAGAAUGUGAUCCAACGGAAUUGGUAAAAGAGUUGGCUAAGCCUCCACCUUCAAACUUCAUUUGGCCACCUCCAUGUGAAGUGGAAAAAGUUCCAAUAGCUGCGCCGCUUUAUGUUGCACCACCUGAAACUCAACAUGUCACAGCUAAACCAUCUUCUUAUCGACCAAUGAUUGAAAAGAAAGAAUGUUUAACCGUUCAAAGCUUACAAAAAGUUGAAUCACAACAAACUUCUUCAACUGAAUAUGAAUGCCUUCAAGUCGACUCUAACAUUAACACUACUUCUUCUACUGUCAACACUACAUCCACAUCCAACAACUCAUCAGAGUCAGAAUACAAAAUGUAUCAAACACAAAACAAUCAAUUCACAAAUGUCUUUGAACAAACUAAAGAAGUUGAUGAUGAGGUUGAGAAAAUUAAUCAAAAAGUGAAUGUUGAUUUACGUAAAUCACCGCCACUUAUUGAACUUCCAAAAUCAAUUAAACAUGUUGAGUUUGUAGAACCUGGGCAACAUGUUGGACCUCAUGAAGGUACUUAUUAUCAGCUGCCACCAUCGAAUAUCCCUCAACCAACACCUAAAGGCUACUUCACAGACUUUCACAAAGCUUUGAUUACAACAUCUGAGAAACCUUAUCAAAUUUUUAAUUUAGCACCAACUCCUGAACCGAAACUUCCAAGUUUAGAUUAUUAUGAAAAAGCUGUUCGUAAAGCUCAAACAAGUGAAACAUCAAAAGAAGAAAAAGAAACGAGAAUGAUUAAGGAAAUUCCUAAAUUUGAAGUAAAAUCUGCUUCAAAGCAAUGCAAGAUGAUUAGAACAGCUUCACCAAAGCCAAUUGAAUUCAUGAGAUCAAAUAUCAUCGAUGAAGUUCAUUUGCCUGAUGACAUCGUUCCGUAUUUCCCUCCACCCAUUUCCAUGAUACCAAAUGAACCAUAUGAGACAUUAGAAUCCUAUCGUACAAAAUCACCAUUUGUCGGUGCAUUAACAACUGUUCCUGAUCGUCCGUACACUCCAUUUGGUCGUGAAAUUAUGUCUCAGUUGGCACUUGAUUUACCACAAGAUACACCAAAAUCAUCGUUUUCAAAUGCAUUGCAAACGGCACCUGAUGACUCAUUUAGAGCAUCAUCAUUGCAAUUUGAAUAUGAUUCAAAUCCAGUUGAAUACACAGCGAAGGUUUAUGAACGAAUUGAAAUUGAAACUGAUAAAGAGGAAAUGUUACAAAGCUCAAAGUUCACUCGAUGUUCCUCAAUAAAUCGUUCAUUUUUGCCAACAAUUCAACCAUGGUCAUCAGCAAGUGAACAAGUUUCAGAUAACACGAUGACUAACUCUGUUAGUGAAUUUAGUUCUCGUGAUUGUAAAGUCAGUGAAAGUCGUCGAUGCAGUGAACUCAACAUGAAUAACCAACAACAAAUGACAUGUCCUUGUGAUAGUGAGAAAAAGUGUUGCGAAAAAAUGCCAACUAAACCAAUCAGUGACUUGUUAAAGCCUGUUCAUAAAGAAGAAGAAGAGUUUGAUCCUUACAAGCCACAGCCGCAUGCAAUUUAUCCAAAAAGACAAUUGCAGCCUUCGCCUUUUGAGGGGAUGCAAGUGAAACUUACGAAUAAAAUGACGUCCAACUUACACAAACCUGAUGAGAUUCCCACAUAUCAGAGAAAAUGGUUUAAUCUCCCAACUCAAAACCCUCCGAAAACACCAGAACCACAAGAGCUGAGAGAAAAUGUCCCUACAGCUUUCCAUGAUUGGCCGACUAGUAACAACAAUUCAAGACGUAAUUCAAUUUCUGAUGUUAAUCAACAAUUCAAACAUGGAAGUGAAUCAAAUCGUUCUUCAAUCAAUGUAAAAAGUAAAAUUUCUUCAAAGCCUCCAAUCCCAGUUGAAUCCUCAAACCUCAAUUGUUCUCAGAGAAUUUCAGUUGAUGAUCGACAAACACGAAAUCAAGAGCAACUAGAAGCUGAUGAAGCUGAAGAUGAAUAUGCUGAAAUGAUGUUUCCAGCAACAAAAGUUAUUCAAAUUGAAGGAAAUUUUCCAACCAAAGGUAUCAGAAAAAAUUCACUUCUCGAAGCAAACCAACGACAAAAAGUUCAAUUUGAAAAACAACGUGAACUUCAACACGAACUUCAUCAACAACAACAAAAGUUAAAAAACAAACAAAAAGUUCGUCAGCAAAAAGAAAUUGAAACGGUGUUAAAUGAAUGUCAAGUUAAAUCAUCAAACGAAAUCAUUCAAGCCGAGAUUCAACAAAACACGAAACUUUCUCAUUAUGAAAUGGAAAUGGAAUACAAACGACAAUUGGAGUUAGAACAUCAACAGAGACAGAAAGGACAAGAAUUGAGGGAACAAAAGAAACGUGAAAUUGAUCACCAAAGAGAAAUGGAAGAAAGUCGAAUGAGAGAAAUUAAAUUGCGUGAGAAACGUGAACGUGAUUUACAAAUUCAAGCUUUGCGUGAAAUUGAAUAUCAAAAGGAAAGACAACAACGUGAGGAAGAACAACGACGACAGCAAGAAGAGCGUGAUUAUGAAAUGCAAAUGCAGCAAGAAGAGAUGGAACGUGAAAUUAAACGACAACAAGAACAGGAAAAGCGUGAAGCUGAGAAACGUGAAGCAAUUCGACUUUUUGAGAUCAGACGAAAGGAAGAGCGCGAUCGUGAACUUACAAGAAUUGAAAAUGAACUUCGUGAGAAACGUGAACAAGAACUUCAUCGACUUGAACAGGAAAUUCGAGAGAAACGUGAACAAAAGCAGCGUGAAGAUCGUGAAGCUGAAAAUCGUCGCAAACAAGAACAAAAAUUAAGAGAAGAAGCUGAUCGUGAACAAAGAAGAUUAGAAGAAAAAGCUGCUGAAGAAAAACGUGACAGGGAAAUGAAACUUCAAGAAGAACUUCGAAUUCGUCAUAAGCAAGAAGCUGACAAGAAACAGCGUGAAGAAAUGGAACUUUUUAAUAUUGAAGAAGAGAAAAAGCGACAAGCAAACCAGCCAACUUAUUCAUCACACACUUAUCAAUUUCAAACAGUGUGGCCACCAUCCAAGCCUGCAACACCCGCACCACCUCCGCAACAACAUCGUCAAAUUCCAAUCAUUAAAACUGACAGUGAAACUGAACUGAAUGCGACGAAAUUUCGGUUUGAACCUUUAGAUGAUAAUCAGAGAAGAUUCAUGGCGGGAAUUCGUCCACCGAGCACUUGCUAUUCACCAGCAACUGAAGAGAAGCCUUACCCUUCAAUCCCUUACUAUCAACAACAUCUUGCCUUUUAUGAAGCUGAAGCUGAACAUGCAGGAAUAUUCGAUCCAAAAGCACUUUCUCCCACGCCUAAUCGUUCUAGAUCACCGGCUUUUGGACCUCCACCAAAUCCUCUUUUGGCUUUUGUGAACAAAACGAGAGAUCCCGUUCUUGAUGAGUCGGGUAUUUAUUUGUGUGGAGAACGAUUGCUGAGUCCGAUAUGGUACGAUAAACAACACAAACAAAUGCCAUCGUCAGUUCAACGAAAGAUUCAUGCUGGCGGUUCAUCAUCGCGCCCCCCUUCUAAACCCGAUUUGCAUGCCUUAGGCGAAGCUUUAAAAAAACAUAAACAAGAGUCAGGAUCUAAACCUCCACCUCCACCACCACCCAUGCCAAAACAAAGACCAAAAGUCAGCGAUGAAAACAAUAAAAAUGAAAAUGUGCCAAAUGAAUCAACUAAUAUUGCUUCUGCUUUGCCACCUCCUAAAGAUAUUGUUGACACCAUUCCGAAAGGUAUCGUUGCCAAUCAAAUACGACGUCUUUCGGGUGAUUCCAAUUCAUUUUCCUCGUUUCCCAUUCGCUCAUCUUUAACUGAACUUCCAUCGAAAACCUUUCCGAUUAACGAACGUGACGAAGCAAAACUUUCACGACCAAUUGACACUCAUGACAAUCGUACAUUGACGCGACAAACUGUAACAUCAGCUUCAUUUCCAUCUCAUCAAGUAAUCGAUAAUCAAUCGCCAAAUUCAUUUCAUCAACAUUUCAUGGGGCAAUCAUUAGCUUUGGCAAGCUCUCAAAAUUCUUCUUUCAAUCAAAAUUCAGUUGACAAUGUUCGUGUUAGUACAGGUUCUGUAGGUACUCCCGGUGCAUUGCCAAAGCAUGGAAAAACUUUCACAACAAGCGGACCCAAUCGUGGUCAGGGUAUUCUCACUCAACCCUCAACUGGUCGCGUUCCAAUAUGCGGCGCUUGUGGUAGUCAAGUCAGGUCGGUGAUGGCUAUUAACAAAGACAGUCACAAGGCCACUGACUUAUUGAUGGAAUCGGUCGAACGUCUCAACAUCAACACACAAAACUCGGAGUUUCGUAAGAAUGCUUCCAACGUGAUUGCUGCGAUGCUUGAAGCCCGUGUCAAGCAGCAAAAAUUGCCAUCAAUUCCAUCGAAAAAUGUUGCUGAUAACGCCAUGAAGAAGGUUAAUGAUCCUGAAUUUCUCCCGCCCCCACCUCCACCGCCAAUCACCUCCCAUCCCAAAUAUUCAUCUUCGAAUGGUCAUACAAUAGAAUUCAAUAGUUGCGACCAAGACUUGCCUCUUCCACCGCCACCAUCGCCACAUAAAAUUCCAGCAUCUAUUUUGACGCCGCCAUUGUCAAGCGAUGAAAAUGAUUUACCACAGAAAUCUAUCGAGAAAGUUCAGAAUAAUGUUAACAAUAACAACGAAAAGGUCAAUUAUCGCAACAAAAAACAUCAUGUGAAUGGAAAUAACAAUCAAUCAUCUGACUUAUAUAAUGCCCCAUCAGCAUUUAAUACCAAUAAACCUGAAUUGUCUACUCACGCACGAGAUCGACGCUCUUACAUUGAAAAAAAUAACAAUGAGAUAUCAUCAAUGAAUGGAAAUGUUGUCGAGGACGAACUGGAUGUAGCUCAAAUUGCAAAUGGGAUUGCUAAUGGUCAACAUCCGGACCAUUUAUUACCGCCUUGGGACGUACAUGGUGUCCAGCACAUUUCUUGUGUGUCAACCCAAGUUGCAAACGAGAACUUGUUGACAUUGGAUUUGUUGAAGAGAAAGGUGACUUGUAUUGCGAAUACUGUUUCGAGCAAUUUUUGGCACCUCCAUGCGCAAAAUGUAAUGGAAAAAUUAAGGCAAGGUGAUUGCUUGAAUGCCAUUGGAAAGAAAUUCCAUCCCGAGUGUUUCAAGUGCACUUAUUGUGGUAAAUUGUUUGGAAAUAGUCCAUUCUUCUUGGAAGAUGGUGCAGCUUAUUGCGAAGCUGAUUGGAAUGAGUUAUUCACAACGAAAUGUUUCUCUUGUGGAUUCCCUGUUGAAGCUGGCGAUCGAUGGGUUGAGGCUUUGAAUAACAAUUAUCACUCACAAUGUUUCAAUUGCACUUACUGCAAAAAGAACCUCGAAGGACAAAGCUUUUUCGCAAAAGGCGGUCGACCAUUCUGCAAAAAUCAUGCACGUUAAAAAACCGACGACAGAGAGAGAAACUUCAUUAAAUUUUUCAUUCGAAAAAAAUUUAAUGUUUUAGCUGAAUUUCAUUUUGCUGACGACUAUCGAGACGGAGGAAAGAGAAUGAAAAUAUUUUUAAUAUAAAAGAAAAGAAAUAAAUUUUUGCUUUAGUUGUUAAGUUUAAAUUUUAAAUUGAAAGUGGAUAAAAUAUUGAAAUUUACAGGAAAUUAAAUCUUUAGUAGUGAUUUCACUUAACUAAUCAAUGUUUAAUUCAAAGAAGGAGAGAAAUAUUAAAGUUUAGUUCGUAAGAAGUCGUACAAGGCUUAUACAAAUUUGAUAAAGAAAUUAUUUGCGUCAUGGAAGUAUCUUAAUUAUAGCAGAGAAGCUAAAUACAAACUAACAGUCAUCGGCAUGUAAUUUUUUGGUCUUUUCAUUUAAAUAACCCAUAAAUAUAAAUUGUAAUAAAAAUUUCAUGAAAAAAAUUAAAAUUAUCUUAUGUGUGAUGAAUUAUGUAAAACAAAAAUGUGCAUCGAAAUCGAAAGAAGUUAAAAAAAUGAAGAUUAAGACAAGCAAAAUUAGUCCACUUGUUUGUUUCUUUUUAUUUUUGCACAUUUUUUGCUUCUGAAAUAAAAAAAAUAAAAUUUGUUGAAAGUUU